GCUGUCAAGUGAUUUGACGCGUGGAAUGUCCGAAUAGUGUAAAGAAUAUUUUGGAUGAUAUUUAUUUACUGUUAUACGCGAAAUGCAUAAAUUUAUCACUAUAAUGUAACUUGUACUUUAUAAAUUUGAGCGACUGCUGUUUUUUUUAAUACAAACAACGCGUCUUUUAAUUUAAGUGUAUCGAUGUAUUUACAAUUUACCGAGUGAAAAAUAACGAAGGAAAGAUGAAGAGCGGCGCUCAAGAAACCACUUGCAAAUCGAAAAACACGGCGACUUCGGAGACAAACGACAAAGAAGAAAGUGAAACGAAUUGGUGGGUUUCGUUUGGAGGUAUAACUGCACUAACAUUAAUCACCAGGUUCUACAAAGUCACAGAACCUAAGCAUGUGUGUUGGGAUGAAACACACUUUGGUAAAAUGGGCAGUUGGUAUAUAAACAGAACAUUCUUCUUUGAUGUGCACCCACCUUUGGGAAAGAUGCUCAUUGCUCUGUCUGGAUACGUGACCGGCUAUGAUGGCACUUUUGCUUUUGAAAAACCAGGGGAUAAAUUUGAAAAUGUCAGUUACAUCGGCAUGAGAAUUUUCUGUACAGUUUUGGGUGCAGCCACUGUCCCUUUAGCCUACCUCAUUGUAUGGGAUUUUACCAAGUCGAUUCGCGCCUCUGCUCUUGCUGCGUUUUUUAUCUUAUUUGAUGUAGGAAUGUUGACGCUGAAUCAAUAUAUCCUCCUGGAUCCGAUACUGCUAUGCUUUAUGAUGUGCGCGACGUGGGGCAUGGCGCGCGUAGCGUCGCUCCGAGAUCGACCGUUUACUCCAUCCUGGUGGUUCUGGUUAUCGUUCACUGGAGCCUCGCUCGCGUGCACGAUCAGUGUGAAAUUCGUCGGCUUGUUUGUCGUUCUGCUCGUGGGUCUUUACACCGCGUAUGAACUCUGGCGAGAAUUGGGAGAUCUGUCCAAACCUAUCUCUUAUGUGGGGAAACAUUUGUUAGCAAGAUGCUUUUGUCUCAUCCUAUUACCGGUUUUACUUUACAUGCUAUUUUUUUAUAUUCAUCUUUCCGUUUUGAAUAAAAGCGGAAGUGGCGAUGGAUUCUACAGUUCUGAAUUUCAGUCGCUACUGCGUGGGAAUUCGUUAUACAAUGCGACGAUGCCGCGACAAUUAGCAUACGGCGCCACUAUCACGUUAAAGAAUCAUCGCACAGGCGGCGGUUAUUUGCAUUCCCACUGGCACUUGUAUCCCGAAGGAGUCGGCGCUAGACAGCAACAGAUUACGACUUAUUCCCACAAGGACGACAAUAAUCUGUGGCUGGUGAAGAAAUUCGACACGGAUGAAUUACCGUCUGAGCCGGAAUUGGUCAAGCAUGGCGAUCUCAUUCGUCUGGAGCACAUUAUCACGAGACGGAAUUUACACUCGCAUAAAGAGAUCGCGCCGAUAUCGAAGAGGCACUAUCAGGUCACCGGAUAUGGAGAAAACGGCACAGGCGACGCUAAUGAUGUUUGGAAAGUAUUGAUAAGGAACGGAAGAGACGGCGACGUAGUGGAGACUGUGACAAGCAAACUGAAGUUUGUACAUUAUCUUCAUCAUUGCGCGCUAACGUGUAGCGGUAAAACAUUGCCGAAAUGGGGAUACAGUCAGCAGGAAGUUUCUUGCAAUCCCAAUAUGAGAGACAAGAAUGCGUUAUGGAAUAUCGAGGACAAUCAAUAUGCCAAAUUGCCAAACGUCAGUUUCCGAGUGUACGCGCCAGGAUUUCUUAACAGAUUCUUAGAAUCACACGCCGUGAUGCUGCAAGGAAAUUCGGAUUUAAAAGUGAAGGAAGGAGAAGUGUCCUCGCGGCCGUGGCAGUGGCCCAUUAAUUACAGGGGACAAUUCUUCUCCGGAAACAAUCAAAGGAUAUACUUGCUCGGCAAUCCCGUUAUUUGGUGGAGUAACAUAGUCUUCCUUGUAGUAUUUUUGAUUUUUUACGUCUACGCUUCCGUGCGCGAACAGCGGGACUGCAUGGAGGAUGCUAUCGUGCUCAAGCAGCGAAAUAAGAUAACGCACGCUGGCAAGUGGCUGUUUCUAGGAUGGAUUCUGCAUUACGUACCAUUCUGGGCGAUGACCAGAGUGCUAUACUUCCACCAUUACUUUCCGGCGUUGCUGUACAGCUCCAUGCUGACCGGGAUUACGUUGAAUCACAUUAUCGAGAGCUUGCUAAUGCUACUUCCUAGUAAAUUAGGAAAUACGGUUUACCAUGUGAUUCUGGGAACCGUAAUUUCCGGCACUGUAUACAGCUUUUAUCUAUUUUCGCCGUUGGCUUAUGGGAUGGAUGGUCCUUCCGCCAUGGAUCCUGAAAGCUCGAUGCAUUCUUUACGAUGGAUGGAGUCUUGGGAGUUUUAAGAUCUGACUAAUCGAAAAUAAGAUGAUGUAACGUCUUCCAACACUCGUGGCAUGUCCGAUCGAUCGCUCAGUGAUAACGUCAUCUUACCGCCAACGUAUGAUCUAUUCAUAAUGACACGAAACGCACACAUAUAAGGACGCACUUAUCUCGGAAUAAGCAUCACCACACUCAGUCCCGGCCAUUUAGUCUGCCGUAAAGCUACUUAUGCGGGCAAAUCAUGCUAACGCGCUACACGCUGCGAAGCGUGUUUCAGCCUCGCGAAACUCCAAUUUACGCAACGCGAUCAUCCUAAUUUACCGGAAUCCAGCCGGAUGUUAGCUGCCAAUCGCAAAUUGUUACGCGGAUCGAUAAAACGAGCCGAUUAAAGCGGCUCGAAUGCGCGCGUGUAGGAGUUUGUAGGAGGUCUGUGAUGACGAAAGCACGUGGGCGGGCGGUGCGUCAUCCGCGUGCUCCAUUAUUCGUGAACUUUGCCCCAGAAAAGUAACUUCGAGCUCUUAUUAGGAUAACAAAUUUAGAAAAAAAAACCGUAAAAGAUAAAAAAAAAGAAGCUUGGCAAAAAGUUUGAGAGCUUUAGAAUGAAAAAAUUGGUUAAAAUUGAAGGAUGCUCCAAAACAUUUGUUCUCAGAGUUAUUUCGAAUUUGACUAUUGCGAGUUGGAAAGCUCGGGGAUUUG